AUGGAUGCACCAACCCCUACAUUCCCACAGAUUGUGGAAAUGGACUUGAUAUUUCCACGGAACGAUACCUACGAAUCUAUUCCACUCAUGCCGGUUGUCUUUGCUAUCCAGAACUUCUACGUCUCCAAGCCGCUCUUCCUGCGGAUCUCCUAUAGCCUCGAACAGAACCCAUACAUCAACGGCCCAAAUGUAAACGGCCAUUUGUAUUUGGACAACGCCGACUUCCAUAACGACAGCGACCCUUACUUUCUGUACAGCUGGACCCACAAUUACAACACUACAGUGGGCACAUGGAAUUUUAUCUGGGAGUGGUCUGUAGGGAACUGUUCAAGUGCUUAUGAUCCAGCUGAACCCUUUGAACCUUUACACAUCGGGAACACUGGAGGGCUCAACUAUCUUCGCUUUACUACCAAGCACGGGGCUAAGAUGCCGGACCUCGCUGCCGCAUCGCAAGAUGGACACUGCGAUAAGUUACCGGCACAUACUUUUAAUAUUACCGAAGUAUUAGAGGUCCCUUUAGGAACAAGAUACUAUAACAAUCAACCGUCGUGCCCCGCGCUUUCAACCAUAACACCAACUCCCAAUCCCUGCAGAGUCAAGAUAGACCCCACGGCAGCAUCUAGCAUUUCAUAUGCUAUUCAAUCUAAGGCAUGUGUAGGUGGCUCAAGUCCAUAUGUGACCUGCCCGCCUGGUGUUGAGUUAUGGAGUUCGGCGCGGGGGGCGGCGCAGUUGUUGCCAGGGGCAGUAUUGUUGGUAGCUAUUUUCGCAUGGGUCGUCCUCAUGAUAGAAUCUGUAUAA